AUGAAUUUUAUAAAGUCAAUUUUCUCCAAACCUUCAGCACCCUAAUAAAAACAACAGCCCAAGAAUCCGAAUUCUGAUUUCUCAAUUCUUGAUCCGCAAUUUACCUAAGUGAGAUUGAGGGAUGCAAAAUUGUUAAUCAAAGAUAUGAGGAGAUUAGAAUAAGUUGUUAAUUAUCAGCCAGAAUCAAUCAAUGAACAACUCAAAAAAUGCUACGCUUUACAUAUUAUUUUGAGCAGCGAUCAAUAUUAAGCUAUAGACAAGGUGGUAAUGUGUUGUGAGAAAAAUAAUAUCAAACCAGUUGCACAUACUACAUAAGCGAGAACAGCAGUUACCACAAAUAUUAAUCAAACAUGCUAGAUAUUGUCAGAUUAAUAAAUGAUAGCUACUUAAUAUCAGAAUUCCAUGUAUCUUAAUGUCUCUGAUCAAUUAUAACUAUAUGAACAAAUUCAUCAAAAUGAAUCGGAAUUCAUGAACACCUAUUUCAAUUACAUCUAGAGGAUUACCCAAAAUUCUGAUAUCUACAACUCUUGUAAAUUCCAUCAAUACCCAUAUUAAGAUGAAACUUUCAAUAGAAAAUUGUAGUUUUUGUGGCUUUUCAAAAUCAUUAAUAUGCUUAAUUUUAAAUUUGGUUUUUUACCCUAUCUGCAAUUCUCCUUCAAUCAAAAAACAUAGAAUUCAUUCAUCAUCAGAGACAUAGCCUAUUUAAUUUAUAAGGAUUGCCUAUUGGAAUAUGGGUUCCUGAGAAAUGAAAUAACUGAUAUGAUUGAUUCCUAUUCAUAAUUUUAGGUUAGAGAUUCUCUACAAUUUUAUGAAUUGGUUGUGAUCAUGCUUGAAAUUGAUAAAAAAAUGAAAAUAUUCUAUGAAAUGAGACAGCAAUUCGCACUAAAUUCCUCAUCUGUCAGAGACGUUAAAUGGUUUGUUAUAGAAAAAAAACAGUUAAUUGAAAUAGAAAACUUUGUUUCCAAGGCUAAAUUGCUGAACACUGCUUAAUUCAAGAAGAGUCUGAUGGUGCCAACUCAAAAAAUCGUUAUGGAGAAUCUGUAGAAAGUUAUGAUGGACCCAUCUCUAAUGGAAAAUUCUUUUCUUAAAGAACCAACAACAGCUAAAAAUAUUAAGAGGAUAAACGAACUCCUUUACUCGCCCUUAAAUUCUAAAUAAAUCAAAAUAUCAAAUCAUUCGAGAUAAUUGUCAAAAAAUUGA